AUGUUUUUACCAGAUUCUAUUAUUUCGUCACGUAUUGCGACACUCCUUGUACUUCGGCGCUGUUGUUCCUCUAGUCCGUCAUCAGCUCCAUUGGCCCUUAAGAAUAGGCUUCUGGAAGUUGCUGAUCGUUGGCCUGUUGAUCCUUCAAAAGAAGAACGUGAUAUACGGUACCACUGGCAAAAUCGAGUUCGUGAACUCAUCGCAAAUGAUGCUCCAGUAUCGCAAAUUGAAAAGGAAAUUACCUUCAUUGAAGGACUGAUUUCGAAUCUUAAUAGGGGAAAAUACCCAGUUCCCGAUGGUCUUGGUGGUUCACCCCCUCUCAUUGCCGCAUCCGGACUCGAUCUUGCUUCAGUUUCAGCCAUCUUAGUAAACAAGGGAGUAGCCAAGCCGAAGAAAAGUAUAUUUGCUCGUAUUUUGCAGAUGGUGACUUAG